UCCAGCCAUCUGUGCGUUGAAACCUGGCUUCCCCUUAUCCACACACGCCCACUUCUCCACCAUCUUUCUACUCCCCCUGACCAUCACAAAAUCAAACACUAACAAAAAAAGAAAAUUAAGGGUCGAUUUCCGAAACAGAGAAGAUGUCAAUUGCAUCGUCAAUCCCACGUAUCAAAAUCCCAAACCCAUCUUCUUCUUCUUUUCCUCCUUCUUCAAUAAUAAAACCACCUUAUAUUGUUACUGUACGGAGUUCUCAGGCUGAAGGGCCACUCAGAAGACCGGUGGUGCCGCCGCUUAGAGAACCCUCUCUCCCGCCUCCUUUGAAACCGGUUCCCCCUACUCCUUCACCGCCUCCUUCUUCUUCUUCCCCAACUGCGGCUCCCCCCAAGCCGGCUUCCGCAGCGGUUGCGGUGGACGAGAAUGUAAUUACUCUGGAAUUUCAGAGGCAAAAGGCCAGGGAGCUGCAGGAGUAUUAUAAACAGAAGAAGGUCGAGGAAUCAAAUCAAGGACCUUUCUUUGGGUUCAUUGGCAAAAAUGAAAUUACAAAUGGGAGAUGGGCAAUGUUUGGUUUCGCUGUUGGAUUGUUAACAGAGUAUGCAACAGGCUCCGACUUGGUUGAUCAAGUAAAGAUCAUGCUCUCAAAUUUCGGAAUAAUAGAUUUGGAAUGAUUCUUCUGCUUGUACCUCAACACCUUCUAUACUUUUUUUUUUUUUGUUCCUGCAAUUCCUGUAGUUAUAACCAUAUCCAAUGUUUCAUCAGCAACAUCUUAAGUAAUUUGUGUAGUGUUCUUGUUCAAUCAAUUCGUUACAGCGAGCUGUAUCCUCUGUUUACUCAAGAUAGAUGGGCAACAUGAUGUUCAAAAUUUCAAA